UUGCCAACCAGACUCGAUGUCUGCUAGGACAGCGCUUCGCACCCGCGCUUCUGUGCCCUCCGAUGGCUGUCACCGACAUCCUGGUCUCAGCGCCCCUGAGGGCUUCCUGGCUGGGCCGUGGUUUGAACUCGUGAAAGUUUGUCGACCUUCUCUUUUCUCAUUCAGAAUUGGCAAGGUUGGAAACCAGAAGCGCGUUGUUGGUGUUCUUUUGGGGUCGUGGCAAAAGAAAGUACUUGAUGUAUCCAACAGUUUUGCAGUCCCUUUUGAUGAGGAUGACAAAGAUGAUUCUGUCUGGUUUUUAGACCAUGAUUAUUUGGAAAACAUGUAUGGAAUGUUUAAGAAGGUCAAUGCCAGAGAAAGAAUAGUUGGAUGGUACCACACAGGCCCUAAACUACACAAGAAUGACAUCGCCAUCAAUGAACUCAUGAAAAGAUACUGCCCUAACUCAGUAUUGGUCAUUAUUGAUGUGAAGCCAAAGGACCUGGGACUGCCCACAGAAGCAUAUAUUUCUGUGGAAGAAGUUCAUGAUGAUGGAACUCCAACCUCGAAAACAUUUGAGCAUGUGACCAGCGAAAUUGGAGCAGAGGAAGCUGAAGAAGUUGGAGUGGAACACUUGUUACGAGACAUCAAAGACACUACAGUGGGCACUCUUUCCCAGCGGAUUACAAACCAGGUCCAUGGCUUGAAGGGACUGAACUCCAAGCUUCUGGAUAUCAGGAGCUAUCUGGAAAAAGUAGCCACAGGCAAGCUGCCCAUCAACCACCAGAUUAUCUACCAACUGCAGGAUGUCUUCAACCUGCUGCCAGACGUCAGCCUGCAGGAGUUUGUCAAAGCCUUUUACCUGAAGACCAAUGACCAAAUGGUUGUGGUGUAUUUGGCCUCUCUGAUACGCUCUGUGGUCGCCCUGCACAACCUCAUCAACAACAAGAUUGCCAACCGGGAUGCAGAAAAGAAAGAAGGGCAGGAAAAAGAGGAGAGCAAAAAGGAUAGAAAAGACGAUAAGGAGAAGGAGAAAGACAAGGAAAAGAGUGAUGUAAAGAAAGAAGAGAAAAAGGAGAAAAAGUAAAACAUUGUAGUUUUUUAAUUUGUAAAUUAAAAUCUUAUAAACUAAAUCAGUGUGCCACCAGAGGGUUCUUUUUCACUUCAAGUGCUUGUUAAAAAGCUGUCCUGAUGAGAGCUCUCGGCUUCCGGUCACCCUUGCCGUGGCAUCACAUGGAAGUGAAUUAUCGGAUAGAGGGACUGGUCUUAAAGCUAAGCUGCAGCUUCAGCUGCUGUGAGUUGGGGAUGUGAUAGUCAGUUCAGGCUUCAGAUGGUGUGAAAAAAAGGAAGAGAUGUCAAUACAACAUUCUGGGUACUCUUCAUUCUUUUAUCUGUAAAACCAGGAAAUGAAUUUUCCCCAUCUUGAAAGACUUGGGGUCUGUUUCUGGUAAUUUGCAAAACUGCUACAUGGAAUGCAUGAAUUCCAUAUGUUCUCUGCCUCAUAACACCUCAACUUCUGACCCUUCUGAACUCUGUCGAGAAAACCGCAUCACAUUUUGGACCUGUAGCUCUGGCGUUCCCAGGGCUUGGGAGCCAACUCCAUAUAUUGUUUACCUUCUAAGACACAAUUAAAUGGUUUGGUUUUUAA